GAAGCACAGAGAAGAAUGCCAGCAAAGCAGAGAGAGAGAGACAGAGAAAGAGAGGACCUCCCUUUCCGCUUACGCCAAUUAACAACAGUAGUAACUGAUGAUUCUCUCUCCACAAUCCACAUCCUAAUCUUAAUCUAAACUCUGAACUCUAAACAAAGAAAAAAAAAACAACAUUUUGGUGUUGAUUUUGUAAGAGGAGCUUAAAGCACUGUUUUGAUAUGAAUCUUCCUUUUUGAUUUUUGGAGGAGUUUGCAGUUUUGGGUGGACUUUGUCUUUGAUGUGUUUUUCUUGUAUAUUAUCUAGAAGUAGGGGCUGAAAGAUCACUGCUUGACAAGGAUUUUUCUUUGUGAUUUUGGGAGAUAUAGUUGCCGAAAUACAGAGUUUCAGAUCGAUUUGCUCAUGGGUCAAGCUUAGAUUUUGAUAAAAGUCACAUCUUGAAGUAUAAGCAGUUGUGGAUUAGUUGAGAGUUGAGAAAGUGGUAUUGGAAAUGGAGAAUCAGGCAGUUCAUGUGAAUAUCGUCAGGGAAGAAGAUGAAGAAGAUUUUUGUAGUUGUUGUGAAGAUGAGGAAGUGUGGAAUGAGACAGAAGAAUUGGUGAAGGAAGAGUCAAAAGAAGAUCUUGAUGAAUUUUCAGUGAAGAUGUUCUUCAAGGGCAUCUCAAUAUCUGAUGUUGAGGACUCUGGUUCUGGGAUUUCUGGAAUUGGAGUGGUCAUGGAAAGAUCAGCCAAUGUUCCUGUUAUUCAGGUGCAGAAAAAGCUUGAUCUUUAUGUUGAGGAAUCUGUGGCUGAAUACUUAGCUCUAAUGGAUGGUCUGGUGGAGGCUGCCCAAAAUAACAUCAGGAGGGUAUAUGCUUUUACCGAUUCCGAGUUGUUGUUUGACCAGUUAUCACAUGAGGAAAAGCUUGAGAUCCCGCUUCUGAUGGCACUUAGGGAAAGGAUUCUAGAACAUGCCAGUAAUCUUGAAGCUUUUGAUUUGAAACUUGUUCCCAGUAUUGAUCUUGAGCAGCCUUUGCAAUUAGCCCAAGUGGCAAUUGGGGUUGUUUCUUUUCCUUCCCAGGGUGAUAAAUCACUUGAAAACUGUUUUAUCUGUCGUGAUGACAAGAAAUCGCUGAUGAUGAUUACUAUGAAAUGUUCUCACAAGUUCUGCUCGAGUUGUAUGAGAACCUAUGUUGAUGGGAAAGUGCAGUCCUCUCAAGUCCCAAUAAAAUGCCCUCAGCUGGGAUGCAAAUAUUACAUCUCUACCUCUGAGUGCAGAUCCUUUCUUCCAGUCACUUCCUUUGAAUCUUUAGAGAGAGCACUUGCUGAAGCAAAUGUUCUCCAUUCAGAUAGAAUCUACUGCCCAUAUUCAAAUUGUUCUGUCCUGCUUGAUCCUCGUGAAUGUUUGUCAACCAGAGCAAGUUCAUCUAGUCAAUCAGAUAAUAGCUGUGUCGACUGCCCAGUUUGCCAUAGGCUUAUCUGCGUGGUAUGUGGUGUUCCUUGGCAUUCUUCGAUGAGAUGUGAAGACUACCAAAACCUCCCAUUGGAAGAGAGAGAUGCUGCAGACAUUACCUUGCAUCGCUUGGCACAAAAUCAAAGGUGGAAACGAUGUCAGCAGUGCCGUAGAAUGAUUGAGCUUACUCAAGGUUGCUACCACAUGACCUGCCGGUGUGGACAUGAGUUCUGUUAUUCUUGUGGUGCGGAAUAUAGUGAAGGCCAACAGACCUGUCAAUGUGCCUUUUGGGAUGAAGACAACUCUGAAGACUUUACCCACUCUAUGCAAGAAUCGGAACAAUGGGCAUGGGAGACUUUCAAUUCGCUCCCUAUGAUUAUGGAUGCAUACUCGGACCAAGAAAGAUCACAGUUGGCAUUGAUCCAAAGGUUCCUUGCCGGAGGUUUUAGUCUGAGUGACCAUCACCCUUACCAAUCCCCACCCCGCUGUACAGACUCCUACGUAGAUGCUUUGAAAGAUAUCCAUCAGCUUCCUUGGCUUGAGAGGUUUGUUUCUGUGAUAAGUGAUAACUACUAUGAAGACUAUAUCCAAUGAAGCAAAGACAGGAUUCCUCUUGAAAUUAGGAAAUAAGUUGCAGCUUCCCAACAAUGCUUAAAGGGAGGGAGAGAGUUUCUCACUCUACUCACUCCAACUUCAUUCACAGCCCCAUGCAGAAAUUGGCUCUUUUCUUUCUACGUAGUUUUCCUAGUCAUUACAUACUGGAAAAUUGUGAUCCUGAUGGUCCUUGCAUAAAAUUGAGAAGAAGAAUUUAUGCUUGAUUUAUUGCUUUCUUCUCGAAAGAAAAGGAAAUAGAAUAGAGAACAUUUCUUAUGUUAGUGAACUGAGGAUAUUUACUAUGUUACUGAAUUUAAAAGUAAAGCUAAUGAAACAUAUAUUUCCAUUUUAAUGACUGACAUCUGUGGUUAGAUGA